AUGGCGGCCAAAACAACGGUUCCCCUCUACUAUGAUAUUUAUUUCCGCUGGAUAGAUCCUAUAACAUCCAUCGCGACAGCCCUCCUUGUCUUCUUCAAUCGCGACCUGAUCCUCGCCCAGGCCGGGCCAGUUGCUGAACGUUCUCAGCAGGACCCCGUUCUAGACCCGCUCAUGUGGCAACUCGCCGGCCUGUACUUACUCAUCGCCAUCUUACAAGGCGGUCUUCUGCGCUACACCGAUGAUCUGGGCGUGUGGAAGUUCUGCAAUUUCGGCGUCAUGGUGGUGGAUGUGUUGAUCGUGUGCAGCUUGGUGGAGCUGAAGGCUCGCACCCCUGAGGGAUUGUCCGUGUCUGGUAUGAGACCAGAGGACUGGGUGAAUUGGGUAUUGACGAUUCUCGCGGUGGUCAACCGGCUUGCUUUCAUUCUUGAUGUUGGUCUCAAGCCAUCCAAAGAGGCCGGCGCCAAGAAGAGGGUCUAA